CUAAGUAAAAUCUAUUCAUCCUCCUUGGCUUGUUCUUAGUCCAAUGGGGAGAUAUAAACUUGUGGUUUUGGUGCUUUACGUGUUGAUGGUGUUUCUCCCUCAAGAGAUCGACGGGCAGAUUGGGCGACCGCGACCACCUUUGCCUCCAACCCCACUCUGUGCCUCCCAGUUCGCCCUCGUGAACCACGCGUGCAUGUUCUUGCCUUACAGCCUAGUGCCUCCUCCAGCUCCCAUCACCCCUCCCGGCCCUGAUUUGCCGCCUCCAGGACCAUCGGAAUCGGAAGAAGAAGAGUCGGAUGACUUGCAACACCACCAUCACCAUCACCACCACCACCACCAUCACCACCACCACCACCACAAGAGACGUGCUCCUACUCCCGUGGAGGCGGACUGUUGCCGAUGGUUAAGGGAGGUUGACUCUGUCUGUGUGUGCGAUCUGCUUGUUCACUUGCCUGCAUUCUUGGCCAAGCCCGUGCAUGAGUACGCCGUGAUCGUGCCAGAUGCCUGCAAUGUUACAUACUCGUGCCCGGGAAGGUUAAGACCGUAGGGAGCGUUGGUUCGUUAAUAACAUUUGGUUACCUAUGCAAUGUGUCAUCUAUGAAUAUUUUCUAUAGACAACAAGUUUGAUAUUAUGCGCUAGAUAAAGGGAAAAAAACAAAAAAAAAAGCAGUGGGAUUUGAUAUGUCAACA